UAAAAGCAGCUUUCUUGCGUCCUCUCCUUUUCAGAAAACAUUUAUAUUCUAUCAUUUAAUGACAACAAAUCUUUUUGUGAGGCUGCAGGAGAUUUGACAAAUACUCUUGUGUGUUCCAAGUUCUUCACUGGAAGCUGGAAGAAGCCGGACCUUAAGUUUUUACAUGAAGUUUUCUUUCUAUUGUUUUUAAUGCAACUUGGUUCCUCUUCUGGUUCUGGUCAGGAUGGCACCAACAGAACCUUUUGAUGCGCUCUGGAUCAUUCCCAAACUGUGAUUGCUUGCAUCUUCCAGGUGUUUUUUUUCUUCUCUUUUCUUGCUGAAGGGACAUCCUGACUGGAAGGUGAUGGAUGGAUGAUGUCAGCAUCUUUCGGGAACUUUUGCCUUUCCAUCUUUUUUACACAACAUUCCUGAAAGGUUCCCUCGCAGCUUUCCACCACUAUGGCCCUUAGUGUGAACUGCAGAACUAACCCCAAGGAGCAGGCGUCAGUCCAAAACAGUUUCCCCGAUGUUCUGGAGCUAAACGUGGGCGGCCAGGUUUACUACACUCGGUACUCCACCCUGGUGGGUACUCCCAGUUCGCUGCUCGCCAAGUUAUUCGCCAGGAAGGAUGCCUCUAACGACUUGGCCCGAGACCCCAAAGGUCGUUAUUUCAUAGACCGGGAUGGCUUUCUGUUCCGCUAUGUGCUGGACUACCUCCGGGACAAGCAAGUUGUUCUCCCGGAUCACUUCCCGGAGAAGGGGCGGCUCAAGAAGGAGGCAGAGUACUUCCAGCUCCCAGACUUAGUGAAGCUGCUCACCCCUGACGAGGUGAAGCACAGCCCGGAUGACUUCUUCCACAGCGACCAUGAAGAUAGUGACCCUCGCCUGUGUCCGCCACCGUCCUUGGUGCCCGCGGACCGGAAGAGCGGCUUCAUCACUGUGGGCUACCGAGGCUCAUGCACGACGGGACGAGAGGCUCAGAGUGAUGCAAAGUUCCGCAGAGUCCCCCGGAUCCUCAUCUGCGGACGUGUGGCCCUGGCUAAAGAGGUCUUCGGAGAGACCUUGAAUGAGAGCCGGGACCCGAACCGGACCCCGGAUCGCUACACAUCCAGGUUCUACCUGAAGUUCAAACACCUGGAGAGAGCCUUCGACAUGCUGUCAGAGUGCGGCUUCCAAAUGGUGGCCUGCAACUCAUCAGUGACGGCCUCGUUUGUCAGCCAGCACACUGAGGACAAGAUCUGGUCCAGCUACACCGAAUACGUCUUCUACCGUGGUCUAUCACGUUGGUCGUCCCCUCCCUGCGACUGCUGCUGCAAGAACCACAAGGGCGAAGGCGACGGCGAGAGCGGCACCUCUUUCAACGAGCUCUCUACCUCCAGCUCGGAGAGCCAGUCCGAGGCCGGCUCGCCACAGGGGACGGUCAUCUGCGGCCCGGUCAGCCGGCAGUCGCACCCCCACGCUAACGUCCAAACCUUGGACAGGCCGUUGAAAAAGGGCCCAGUUGCCAGGCUGCAGCAGUCGGAACAGCGGCGGAAAAGCGAUCUGCUGCGCACGCUGACGUCGAGCUCGCGCGAUAGCAACACGUGCAAGAAGAGGUUACCCAAAGAGAAGCUGACGGUGGAGGAAGAGCUGCAAAAGUGCAUUCAGGACUUCCGCAAGAUCAAGAUCCCCGAGAGGUUUCCCGAGAGGAAGUACAUGUGGCAGGCGGACUUGUUGAGGAAAUAUCGCCUCUGAAACUCCCCCUUGAGGGCCAAGGAUCUGUUUACAAGUUUUGUUCCUCGAGACAACAAAGAUGGAGAUAAUUAAACUCACUCACUCACCUUUAUGCCAGUAGGUUGAACAGCUACACACAAGAGUUCUCUUAUUGACGUAGUGUAUGUAUAGUGUGUGUGUGUGUGUGUGUGUGUGUGUGUGUGUGUGUGUGUGUGUGUGUGUGUGUGUGUGUGUGUGUGCGCCUGCAUUUACUUCCCGCCCACUCUUCAAUGUAUGCUGCUAUCUUGCUCAACGAUUCGCAGCUUUGAAUAAUUUACGAGAGGACGCGGGCGAGAAGACUGAUCAACCAAGAGACGGCGGUGUUACUCGGAAAAAGCACACGGAUACAUCAUCAAUUCCCUUAACGUCGCCCAAAAAAACGCAGUACUAUUGAAUGAAAAACAAUCUCUGUCCUAUUGAAAGGGAGUGCGGAGGAUGUCAAAGUCAUGCCGAACGGAUAGGUGGCGCUCUAACCAGCUACUCAGAAACCUGAAAAAAGUCAUUUCCGGAAAAGGAGCGAUAGCAGCAAAAAUCAUUUUAAACUACUAAAUAUUAAAUUAAUCCUAAAUAUUAGACCUAAUAUUAACUAAACAUUAGAUUAACCCUUAAGAGGUCCUAAAAAGUUAUUCACAAUAAUCCCCAAAACUGCAGUAUUAAUAUUCAAAACACAUGAAUAUUGUAGGACUACUCCAGCCUGAAAUAUGCACAUAAAAUUUUAAUUAUAUAUUUGGGGGAUUUUACCUUUAAAGGGCCAGCAUGUUUAUAUAGCUCCACUGGUUUUAUUAUAUUUUGCUGCAUGCCUUAAACUGUAGUCCAAAUCGAAAUGUGUUUAUGUCAAAAUAAAUGUUUUUUGUUUUGGGGGGUUUUUGUCCUCAGAAACAAAUGUGUCGUUUUUUUGUGUAGUCUUGCCAUUUGGGAACAAUGGUGAUAUGUCCUUUGGAAAAUUCCACCUAAAUUAAUUCAACAUCGCCAACUUGGCAAACACAAUGGACCUAAAUGUCUCAGGGAUCUCUUAAGGGUUAAAAAACAACAACAUUAAGCUAGCAUAUUUAGAGAUGGGUACUAAAUUCAGUACUUUUAUAGACAAUGACCGAAUUUUGUCGGUUCGACCGGGUAUCGAUUCACGUGAAAAUCAAACGGUGCGAGAUUUCAAUACUGCACACACGGUGCCACGUCCGGUUUUAAACACUUAGCGAGAAACAAUCACCCAAGUAGCACUCAGAGACCAGAGUGGACUCAGUCGGACUGCCACAAUGUAAUGUUACAAUUUUCAAAGCCAACAAAGUAGUGUGCCUGAUAGAAAACACAGACACACAUUAAGGCCCCACUUUUCAAAAUUGGCUAGCUCGGUGCUAAUUUACAUUCAAUUCAAAUAUGUUCUACUGAUUAGCAUUGGCAAUUUUACAUGGCAAUUUCAAUUUCAACACUAACUAAGAUGCACAUUACAACUGGUGUGUAGUAAGUACAAUACUGACACUAUAAACACUUUUGAGGGAAGAAAAAAGACUAAAUACUACUUAAUGGCAAAGACUACUCUCUGACGAGGCAACACACUAUACACAAGUUCCAUUUAAAAUCUUGGAAUAACAACAGCACGAAACGUCUACUAUAUAAUACUUGCAAAUGAGACUCAGAAGUGUAAGAAAUCAAGAUGUAACAAAUUGACAACACAGUUAUCAUUGGGAGUUGCUACCGUAUCAAUUCAAAUGUGAAGGGUACCGUCCCAGAACAUAAUACAAUAACACAAAGAAAAUGCUACAACAACUAUACACUAUACACAGUUACCCUCAAAGUUGUAUUAAUUUUAGACAAAUGGUCACUGGCGCACAAAUAAGGCCAAGUGGUCAAGUCUCAGA